AUGGACUUGCCUCUGUCGACUAAUUUCCAAGCAAGCCAACCUACAACUUUCCGUAAACUAGAGGCCUUUGCUAUCGGCAACGACUUUUCCAAGGUUACUCGUAUGGUUUCAGUGGAGUACGAAUCCCUCUUGAAGAACCUUCGUCCCCACCAAGUGGUCGUAAAGAACCUUUAUCUCGGUAUCAAUGCCUCAGAUAUCAAUUACACCAAUGGAAAAUAUGUUGCAAACAUGAAGCCUCCAUUUGAUGUUGGAUUUGAAGCUCUUGGUCAGAUCGUAGCAGUUGGAUCAAAUAUUCCUAAAGAAAAGAUUGGUACCUACCUUACCUAUAGCCAAUAUGGUGCAUUUGGAGAGUACGUUAUUACACCUUACAAAAGAGCCAUUCCAGUAAAGAGCCCUCGACCAGAAUUGCUUGGUUUGUUGACUUCUGGUUUGACUGCAUCUAUUGCUUUGACAGUAAAUGGCCAGAUGACAAAGGGAGAGACUGUAUUGGUGACUGCAGCUGCCGGUGGCGCUGGUCAAAUUGCUGUUCAAUUGGCCAAGUUGGCUGGUAACCACGUAAUUGGUACCUGCUCCAGUGAUGAUAAGGUGGCCAUGUUAAAGUCUAUGGGAUGUGAUCGUGUCAUCAACUACAAAAAGGAAGACUUUGAAGCUGUCUUGAAGAAAGAAUAUCCUAAAGGUCUAGAUAUUGUGUUUGAGAGUGUUGGUGGAAAAUUCUUUGAUGUCAGCUUAAAGAGGCAAGUCACACAGCAUGAUCGAUCCAUGUCUUCCUAUGCUACCGCUGAUGGAAUGAAGGGUGACAAGAUCGAUACUCUUCAACUGCUGGGAAAAUCUCGUACAGUUACAGGCUUCUUUAUGCCUGCCUAUGAAAACCUAUUCGCUGAGCACAUGGCUGGUCUAGUCCAGUUGCUCGAUGCUGGUAAAUUGACUGUACAGCUUGAUACUGCCGGUCUUUCCGGUAUUGACAGUGUUGUUGAGGCUGUUGAAUACCUUCACUCUGGCAAGAACAAGGGUAAGGUUGUACUUCCCUUGACAGCCAAGCCCCAGUCCAAGCUUUAA